GACAUCCACCCAAAAGGGAUCUCUUUUUCCUUUCCCCCCAUGGGCACCCCUAGUGAAGCCACAACCACAGGGUGGGAACCUAACACUACCAGAUAUCCUGAAACUAGUCCAUUCAACUCCUUCCACAAAAGGAUCUCUUCUUUAGGGGAAGGCAUCAGCCCAACAUUUACUAUUUUCAUCUGACUCAGUCUCUAUCAACAAAGUUCCCAUUUCCAUGGUAACAUGGAAUCAAUAUACAGUUGAAACUGACAUCACAAUAAAGGCCCCUAUAAAAGGAAUUAACUGAGCUCAGUUGGGUUACCUUGGACUAAGGUCCCCAUCAACCCUUACCUCUAUUCAUUUUCUCCCCUGAACGAUGGGUGCAAAUUGUACGCACCAUUAUAGGAAACAGAGAAAAACAGAUUUAAACAGAAGACAGGCUUCUGGAAGAAAAAAAUUUGACACCUCUUUGCCUGAUGGUGCCCUUGCCCCAUCAGAUGACUCCUCGGUGUCCACAAUAACUGCCAACAAUCCUUCAGGUUAUAAACAUCAAAUGAGCUUCCCUUGCUUCAGAAACAUAUCAUGGAGCUCUUACUACAAGAACUUCACACUCAGCUUCACUAUUACCAACAUGUUUUACACAACAAAGAUGAAUCAAAAGGACUCCAGAACAUUCAAGGCUGCUGAGCAUAUCCUGCAAAUCUUGCUCAAGGUAUUGUUUGGAAGCAGCAGGAUUGGCUCUCAGUAUUCUGGAUGCAGUGACCUUUCACUGAGGUCUCUGAGGAACAGGAUAGCAACCGGAGUGGAUAUAGUCUGCAGUUUCAAGAAGGACUCCUCCAACCAUGUCCUGGACAAAAAGGUGGUUUACUGGGAGCUGACUGAACAGCUCUGUACAAGAAAGCUAAAACACCUGGUUAUAGACAAUGAGAGCCUCAUUGUGAAUGGUAAAUAG